GCGAUAGAAUGGCAAAGGAAAAAGUCGCCAACUGCGGGGCGAUUCUAAAGAUCUGAUUGGUCGAAAAAAUUGUGGCAGUACUAAUAAAAUAUAUAAGAGUUGAUAUCAUCGAGGCCUACAGCAAAAUAUAAUAGGGUUUUUCAUACCAUAAACUAGAAAUGUCGGCUGGACUCGAAGCUCUAAAGCAUAUAUCCAAGGACUCUGGGUUCCCAAUCACCAUCCAUCCGCACUUCUCUGAGAAAAUCAAUAACCAUGUUCCGCCAGAGCCCGCCCGAGAAGAAAUAAUCCCGGAGAAGGACCGUGCUACAUUUGCGGACCCCGAGAAGAAAGCUCUCUUCUCGGUCGCUAAAGCUAUCGACUUAACAGAAUCGAUCGGCACUGUCCUAGAGAGUGUGCAGCUUUCCCAAUUAACUCCACAGCAACUAGAUGAGCUUGCGCUGCUUGUAAAUGAGCGUGGAGUCGUCUUCUUCCGCAACCAAGAUUUAAAUACUGACGGGCAAGUAAAACUCUUCGAGCAUUAUGGCACCCUAGACCGACAUCCUGCCCAAAAGGAUGUUCGACACGUCGUGAUCCGAGGCAGCCGAGAGGACCACCGUGAGUUGCUCAAGUAUACUCCGUGGCCUUCGGGGGAGUGGCACGCCGAUACUUCAUUUGAGGUUAACCCCCCUUCGUAUUCUCUCCUCCGAAUGGAAGAGCAUCCUCCCGUGGGAGGGGACACGGCCUGGGUCUCCGGUUACGGUCUCUAUGACACAUUGAGUGACGCGAUGAAAAGAUUUGUCGAAGGCCUACAUGCAGUGCACACUUCAAGACUGCAGUACGACACAAUUUUGGACCUGUGGGGCGUUGGGCCGAACCGCCCCCCUAUCGACUCGCAUCAUCCGGCCGUUAGGACCCACCCGGUUACCGGAUUGAAGGCGUUGAACGUAAACAUCGGGUUCGUCACCGGGUUCGCCGAGCUCAAGAAGUAUGAGUCCGACAAGCUCCUCGACUUCUUCCAGUACCACCUUCAUUCCGCAGAUGAUCACUCUGUCCGAUGGAAGUGGGAAGUUGGUAGUGUGGCGAUGUGGGACAACAGAUGUGUACUUCAUCGGGUUAUCCCUGGCUCGUAUGAAGCGCCUCGAAGGGGAAUUCGCACGACGGUCUUUGGGGAGAAACCGUACUAUGAUCCUGCAAGUGAAGGGAGAGCUGAAAGGGAGCGGAGACUUAAAGAGGAGACAGCUAAAGGAUUGCCUCAAGACCCGAAUACCAAGGAAAACCUUGUGAAUACACCAGCUUAAAUAUGCCGGUAACUCCGUUUCAAGUUAAUACUGAAUGUUAUGCAACUGACGAGCAAGGGGCGAAUGGGAUUCUUAUCAUAUCUUUAAUUUAUGUGAUUAUAAUUGAAACUGAUAACGAGAGGAACUGUGGAAAUGACUCUUCGGAUUUCUUAUUGCUUGCUGUAGCAUUGAAAUAUAAUUGACGCCGAACAGCUUCAACAGCCUACAUUCCUCAAAAUACUACGAUGAUUGACAUAGUAGAAAGUUAAAAGACCUUGAGC